AUGGAUAACAAACCGUCUCUAAGUCAAUAUUUCUCCGACUCAGAGGCUCCGCCUGUGUCUCAAUUCUUUGAUGAGAUUGGAACGUCGCCGUCCGACAUGAUUCAGAGUGUUUACUUAGGUGACAGUGAAGACACGAUGAACCAAACAACAGCACCUAUUCUCUUUCCACAAAAUAUGACCGCCUCUUUCACACAACAUAGAAUUGAUCCAGACGUUACAUUUUCUAACGUCGUGCCUACUGUAAGUGGUUCAACGUCGGUGCCAGCGACCAGUUUACCGGACCCUUCUACGUUCUUCGAUACUAUUGGCCCGGAACCUCAGAUUGGACCAACAAAAAGUGGUAUUGCAAGUCCUAAUACGCUUACAGAGGCUAUGGAUGGACUCAGCAUCAAGAACCAACCAGUUGAUAAGGAAGCAGACAGAAGAAGAGAUGCUUGGCUUCCUGAUGAAGAAGCUAAAAAAACGCUUAUGAAGGCACAGUCAUCACCUAAAGGCUCAUUUUUCCCUGAGAGAGAAGUCCUAACCAUGCCAGGAAUAGUGCUUGAAGAAGAACUGGCGGACGCUUUACAAGAAGUUGCUGUGAAAUAUCUCGGCGUAAGUUCAGCGGGCAGCCGUGGCGUCGUACGCGCGGAACACGUUAGCCGCGAUGAAGCCGGCCUAAGAGAGCUACUACGAACAGGGUAUCUCCGAGCUGCAAUCAACCUCACACAAGCUCUGUUAAGCGCCGCGCAACAAGGUGUAGGUCGUAUGCAUCGCCCGUCAAAACACACACCUCGCACUCUGCAGCUUUGGUUAACACGGUUUGCCGUUAUGCUACGGAUCAAACUACAUGAACCUCUGAUUAAAGAAGCCGAACCUUUCGGAGAUUUUAGCAAGCCUGAUAUGUUUUAUGAGUUCUAUCCGGACUUACACGAGAACCGGACAGGUUCUCUUGUUCCGUUCUCUCUUCGACUGCUUGUUGCCGAAUUGCCCGGUCAUGUAGGCAAACCUGAAGAGGCAAUUGACAGACUGUAUGCCAUGCUGGACAUUGUACAACAGAUGCUUGAAAACCUUCGUCAAGGUAAGACAGAAGACGGUACUGCCACCAUAACCGAGCAAGACAAGAUAGAGUCGCUCCGUCUGUGGACCGGGAGAGAAACUAGAGUCCUUCAUUCAAUCGUUAACUGCGCUAUUGCUUUGAAGGAUUACCGCUUAGCAGGCAAGAUCCUCAUCUCUCUGCAGCAGCAAUCGACAACGGCGUCUCAGCGCCGGGCGCUGUCCAGCGCGCUGUGCCGUCUAUGGCUGCUAGCAGGACAUGUCAAAGCCGCUAUGGCGUAUUUAGAAGACGCGAAGGAACAUCGCCAUCAUAUCUGUCCAACACCUGACGUCCGCGAGUACGUCGAUCUGGGUCUAAUAGACAUCGCGCACGGCAAAUACCAAGAGGCUUAUAAUAAUUUUGCAAGAGCUGCUGACCAGGAACCGACUAACAUAAUGGUGGCCAACAACCUAGCCGUCUGUCUCCUCUACAUGGGCCGCCUCAAGGAAGCGAUAGCGGUCCUUCAAAAGUCUAUAAACUCAGACCCAGACCGAGGUCUAAACGAAAGUCUACUAAUCAACCUUUGCACGUUAUACGAACUCGAGUCUUCUAAAACUAAUGAGAAGAAAUUAAAUUUGUUAAGAAUGCUUUGUAAAUACAAAAGUGACACUAUUCCUAAUGUUCUGGAGUGUUUGAAACUUAGUUAAAUGUACAAUAAAAUAUGUAUAAAUAUAGUCUCUAGUUAUUAUACAAAGAUGGUAGUAAUGCUCUGGCCACACAGGGGCGGUCGCGAAUGCGUUCCGGGCGCGGGAGUUUUUGUAAUGUACGAGUUCAUAUGAACACUGACACACUGAAACGCGCGGCUGAUGCUCUGUGUGACCUGGGGGACUACUACGAGCUCUUAGAGCAAUCCUAUUUAAGCCUAUAAGUUCUUUGCCUGUCAAAUUCGUACAAUUACCCCACAAAAACAAUUCACUGUCCAUGCAGUUUACAUUCCCAAUCCCCAUUCAAAAUCCGUUCACCUUUUCUUUCAUUGCAAAAUCGUAUCAUGACGUUCCGUUUGCCAUGUAAAUAGCAGUCUCAUCUGUAAUAAUAAGCAUUUCAAAAAAAUUCUCCAUGACUAACUUUUUUUAGAUUUUGUUAC